CUUCUCUCUCUCUCUCUCUCUCAGUCUCUCUCUCUUCACGUUGCGCAGUCCCACUCACACGGCCCGCGCACGCCUCCGCCAGCCGCGGCGAUGUAUACGCUGCGCCUCCAGCCGCCGUUGUUCCUCUCCGUUGCCGCUCGCCGACGAGAUCAUUUCCUGCCAUCCCUUUCUUCUAUCCAGCAACAUGCGAAUUGGCGAGCUUUUUCUCACCAAGGGGCUCAAGGCCGCUCUGCCCUGAAUCGCUGUCAGAAAUUCUUGGAUAGGAAAUGUUCCUACCAUAGGAUAUCACAUCGAUCAGUAAAUACUUCUUUAAAUGCUUCGAUGCAACCACUGCAGUCUGAUCCUGAAGCAAAUGAUUCUGCAAUCAUCUGGAAGCCAAUAUCAACUUCUCUGAAUGCAUUUUACAGGUUUUCUCGGCCACAUACUGUCAUAGGAACAGCAUUGAGCAUAGUCUCAGUUUCUCUACUAGCUGUGGAGAGCUUGCAUGAUAUUUCUCCCUUGUUCCUCACUGGUUUGCUGGAGGCAGUGGUGCCCGCUCUUUUCAUGAACAUUUAUAUUGUUGGACUGAAUCAGUUGUCAGACAUUGAUAUAGAUAAGGUUAACAAGCCAACUCUUCCACUAGCAUCUGGUGAAUACUCUCCUGCAUCUGGGGUUGCAAUAGUAUCAAUGUUUGCUGCUAUGAGCUUCGGCAUUGGAUUCAUUGUUGGGUCACAGCCCCUGUUAUGGGCUCUUUUUGUUAGCUUUGUUCUUGGAACCGCUUAUUCAAUCAAUCUGCCAUAUUUUCGAUGGAAGAGAUCUGCUGUUGUUGCAGCACUCUGCAUACUAGCAGUACGUGCAGUGAUUGUUCAACUGGCGUUUUUUCUCCACAUUCAGACAUUCGUUUUCAGAAGACCAAUAGCCUUUUCAAGGCCAUUGAUAUUUGCAACUGGAUUCAUGACAUUCUUCUCAGUUGUAAUAGCAUUAUUCAAGGAUAUACCUGAUAUUGAUGGUGAUCGCAUAUUUGGAAUUCAAUCUUUCACUGUCAGGUUAGGCCAAAAGAAGGUUUUCUGGAUUUGUGUUGUUCUACUUGAGAUGGCGUAUGGUGUUGCAAUGUCGAUGGGAGCCGCUUCUUCCUGUUUCUGGAGCAAAUCUGUAACUGUUCUCGCCCAUGCAGCCCUUGCUGUAACAUUAUGGAAAUGCGCACGAUCAGUUGACUUGACAAGCAAAUCUGCAAUAACAUCCUUCUAUAUGUUCAUCUGGAAGCUGUUCUACGCAGAGUACUUGAUCAUUCCUCUGGUAAGAUGAGGAAUCGAGGACAAAAACUCCAGGGAUGGAAAACCUUAAGUGCAGGAGUGACAUUGUGCCCAUUUUAUAUCAAUAGCAAAUAUGCCCGUGUGUUGCACCGGGAGAAUCAAAACACACUUCCCUGGCCCAAUGACCCAAGACAACAUUCUGUUGCAUCAGCCAUGUAAUAUAUAUUUUACCAAUGGUCUUAAAAUGCAUGUAUGAGAUGCUACACUUCAAUCAUGAAAGAAUUGAUUAAUUUAAAUAUCUAAAUUACCUUCCUAGUUAAUUUGCA